UGUCAGCUGUCACCACAGAACAAAACAUUUUGAAAACGGAACACGUUUUAUUCGCCUAUUUGUUGGUAAUUUAUUUUGUAAAAAUACAAAAAUGGUGAAUGUUAGCGAGUCAGCUAUCAAAAAUAUUGGAAAGGUGUUAAACGACCCUUCAAGACCGAUGAAGGAGCGUUUUAGAGCACUUUUCAGUUUGCGAAACUUGGGCGGCGAAACCUCGAUAGAAUGUAUUAGUGAGUGUUUCCAAGAUGAAUCAGUUUUGCUAAAACACGAGCUAGCAUAUUGUUUAGGUCAAAUGCAAGAUAAAAGAGCAAUUCCGGUGUUAAGAAAAGUGUUAGAAGAUACAGAACAAGACCCCAUAGUACGCCAUGAAGCCGGUGAGGCACUGGGUGCUAUUGGUGAUCCAAAUCUAAGAGAGAUUCUAGAGAAAUAUCAACAUGAUCAAGCUAUUGAGGUUGCUGAAACAUGUCAAAUUGCUUUGCAAAGGUUAAAUUGGAUUUCAAAUGAAAGUGGAAAUGAUGUUAAUUUAUCAAAGAGUCUGUAUAGCUCAGUGGAUCCAGCUCCACCAAGUACUGAAUCAGAUGUUGAUUGCUUAAAGAAAACUCUUAUGGAUGAAAGUAAAUCUUUAUUUGAAAGAUACCGAGCGAUGUUCAGUUUAAGAAAUUUGGGUACAACGGAGAGUAUCAGUGCUUUGGGUGAAGGUCUUAAAGCAAGUAGUGCAUUAUUCCGUCAUGAAGUGGCAUUUGUGUUUGGUCAGAUGCAAGAUGAGCGCAGUGUGCCGUACUUGAAGCAGACAUUAGAGGACACCAAUGAGCAUGAGAUGGUCAGACAUGAGGCAGCUGAAGCUCUUGGCUCUAUAGCCACUGAUGAAUGCACUGAAGUUUUAAAGCGGUUCCUAAAUGAUCCAAGACGUGUUGUUAGAGAGAGUUGCGAGGUGGCGCUAGAUAUGUCUGAAUAUGAGAACAGUCCGGAAUUCCAGUAUGCCAAUACUUUACUAACGGUCAAGGCUUAAAUAUUAUAUGUAUAAUAUUAAAAAAAAUAUUUAACUCUAAAAAAAAAACUUUUAUAAAAUUAUAUGAUUGAUAAGUUGCCAGUUGGCUAUUCCAAAAAUGUUUUUUUUUUAAUUUAAAAGGUUUUUUAUUUAUUGAAAUGAUUAAUGAGCUGAUGGCCUAGUAUAAAUAUUUUUGACUUCGUGACGUCAUAGAAAAAUAUGUCAAAAUUUGUAUGACAUUUCGUAGUGUGAUUUAUGUCCGUUAGGGGCGCUGUACGCAUUUUUGUAGAAAUUUUGUCGAAAAUAUUUUGAAUGUCCAAACUAGGCCUUUAGUUUUUACACAAAUUCUUUGGUCAACUAU